AUGAAAUUUGCAGCAUUAUUCUUUUUCAUAUUUGUAGGCCAUGUGUGUGCGUUAGCACUUCCAAAGAGGUUCUAUCAACCUACUUCGCCCAUGUUCUCGAUGAUUGCACUCCAUAAUGGAUCAGUUUUUCAGUACAAUUUGGUUAAAUAUGAUGGCACAGAUUUGCUCCUCCAUGCGGACGACAAAGCCUUUUUCGGCAGAAUCAAGGCUAACAACGGAUAUGUGUUGAACAUCCCCGGCGCUACCGGAAAUUCCAAUAACACAAAUUCCACCUCUUCAGUUCCACCUUCGAACGUGAAUGUUCGCGUCGAUAAAAACAACAAGUUGACCACCACCACCAGAGCCAACCAGUCGACUACACACUUUGGAGUCAGAAGAUCGCUUCUUACCUACAAAAACUCCACUCACUUUAAGGCUUGCCCAUUAACAAAUUACCGGGGAGAAUACGAAAUCUACGCUAAUAAUCUUAACAAAACCAGAUGUCCAAGGAAUGCUACUGGCUACGACAUUUCUCUCUUGGUGCAAAUCGACGCUACGCUUAAUUAUGAUAGCUCCACCAAUACUCGCAACAGCACAUUGCCUUUCAAAAAAAGAAAAAGAAGUCUUCCAUUCUUCAUGAAGUGA